AUGCUGAAACUUCUGAUUUAUUCACCCAUAUGGAUUUUUAUUACGCUUCUAUUAAUUGCUUCUACCACCAGGACAAAGGAACAUAAUAUUAUUAAUACCAUUAAUUCCUCUUCGUGUUAUAAUUAUAAUUAUCAACAAGAUUGUAGAUGGUUAAAUAAAUUCGACAAUACUUUUGUAAAUUAUAUACACGCGUUCCAAGGAUUGAUAACCAUUUUCCUAAAUGAAACUUGCAUGUAUGAUUAUACUGAAAUUAAUAAUUUGAAAAAUACAGUGAAAGAUUCCGACAAAUUGCAAGAGCACCAAAAAAAUAAAGUACAUGAUAUUUCAACGUAUACAGUUAAGAAACAAAUUCCAAAUUUUUUAAUAAAUCCAAUAUACUGUUACCCGAAUGAUCACCUCAAACCAAAAUUAGCUUUUGUGGUUAAUAAUAUAUCGCAAAAUCUUGUAAAAGGAAAUGAGAAGGAAGGGAAUUUGAUCAAUUACAAAUGGAAACGAAGAACAUUGUGUGCGAUUCAUUUGGAUGACAAACAUUCAACGCAGACGUCGUUUAGAGACAAUGAUGCUAAUAAAGAAGCUGGAGAAAAGACGCUUAUUGACUACGAAGAGCCACUUUUAAUAGAUGACACGGAGGACCCGGAAUCCUUAGAAACUCACGUACGAGUGAAAAGAAGCAAAUCUGAUUCGGGUCCAUUUUCAUCGUUAAGGUACCAACAAGAAUACUUGAGAGAUUUAGCAAAUUCUUUUCCACGAAAUACGAUCGACGAAAGUUCUUAUGAUGACGAUGAUAUUUCAUUCGACGCGAAACGAGAAAUUAAGUCUCAGGAGUUUCAUGUAAACGAAGAUGAAACUGAUCGAUUAAAAGUUACCGAUACUAAUCAGGAAACGGCAUCAGCAAAAGAUGAUAGUUCAUUUAGAAAUCAACGAGCAAUUGAUGAAAAUAUGGAAAUUCAAAAUCUUCCAGACGAUUUAUUAGCGGUAGACUUAGUAAGAAAGAAGCGAAAUAACUUAAUAGGGAAAACCAUACCCGAUUCUAAAAAUUUGAACGAUGAAACAGAGAAACAUUUAAAUAUCGAAGAUAAAAAUAAAGAAAUGUCCAGUUUAGUUGCCGCUAAUUUAAAGGCACAUUUGUUACGACUUAAGAGGAGGGCAAAGAAUAAUCGUCACGAAAAAAAUUCAAACGCAAAGAAUAAGAAGAAGAAGCACGCAGGAAAGAAACGAAAUAAAAAUUCACCGCGAUCGAUAGGAAACGUGCACAGGAAGAGUGCGAAUAAAUUAAGAACGCCUCGCGAGAGAAAAUCGAACGGAGCGAGAAGCGAGGGUAAAUCAAAUGUAGGGGUUGCUAAAGUAGUUUCUAAGAAAAAUAAUAAGAACAAUUUUCAUCGUAGAUUCGUAAAAUCGAAAGAAUCUAAAAACGAUCGUUCUUCCAAGAAUCUCGCAUUGGAAAAUAAUCCCGAUAACUCUGAACUUGUACGAGAAUCAAGCGUGGGAACCGAAAGUAAUACCGACGAUGUUCCGGUGGGAUCGGACGAUAAUGCAGAUGCGCAAGAUCAAAACAAGCAACAAACUUACCCGGAAACAACAAAGUUACGCGAGAAAAGAAAUAAAAAUACAGAAGGGAGUCACGGUUUUUUGAACAAGGAAGAUGAGUUGAGAUACUACGAAAAUAUUCGGGAACCUGAACCGGAAAUGCAUCGAAACGAUGGUAAAAAACGACGGUCGAUGACGAACGAGGUAAAAAGCGACCGUGCAGUGAGAUCAAUCGAAGAAGUUAAAGAUCUUGCAAAGAAAUUAGUCACCAAGGUAAACGAGCUUCAAAAUUUUAUCAAUGCCGAAGAGUCGAAGACUAACGGAAGAAGAGAAAGAAGAGUUGAGACACGCGCGAUCGACGAUUUAUGUUCGAACGUUAGUACAGCUUACGAUGCUUUCAAAGAAACUCCAAAAAUUAUUCAGAAAUGCGUGUCAACGAAUCGUAAACCUUCACCGUCUCCCGCGAAAAUAAUAGUCGAAAGGAAAAUAGUUCCAAUGAAAAUGAAUAAGGAAGGUAAAUUCGUUAACGAAGGAAAGGAACAUUCUACGAUGGAGAAGAAACGGUCGGUCAUUAGAAGGGUACCAAAGACUACAUCAAGAAUGAUUCGCAGAGAAAAUGAAAAGGCACAUCAUAAGUGGGGCAGGUGGACAGAUUGGAGCAGCUGUAGCGUCACCUGCGGCAAAGGACGACAAAUUCGAUGGCGGUACUGUCUGCGUGACUGUAGUACCGCGGAAACUGAAAUGGAAGAGAAAGCUUGUCAAUUACCAGCGUGUCCCCCUGGAAAAUUUCUUGGUAUAUUCUAGUAACAAGGAAUAAUACUCUAAUUUUAUUUUUUAAAUAUAUUUACAGUGUAAUUUCUGUAUCAUCGCCCUAUGUAAGGAAAAGAAAGUACUAUUAAAUAAAGAAUUAGAAGUACAUGUUUCCACAGAAAGUUGAAAUAUUAUAAAAACAACGGAGGCUACAGAUUUGAAGUCUUUGUUAAAGGAAAAACAAUGUUAAGUGCAAUUCGGUGAAGGGGUCUUAUGCAAGAUUUCUUCACGUUGAAGAAAAAAAUAAUUUGCAGGCACUGAUUCGAAUAAAAGCUGCGACACCAUUGUUAACCGUUCGACCUAGAGUAAAGUGAAACCCCAUCAGUCAUACAGUAACCGCCGCGGGGGGCGAAUCUACCUGUUAA